CAAGUUUGCCUGACGUGGCACCAGCGUCCAAUCACCCAAUCGCCUUCGACUUUUUAGUCACGUUCUAAUUUUGACCAAUGGUUAUAGCGAAAUGGAUGUACUGUUAGGUUGUCUCACUCAGAGGACAGCUGUCUGUCAGACUCGUUUGUUUGAUGAGACUUUAAAAGGAAAUGAAAAAGCUCAAGCGAAAGAAACUCAACGGUCCGAAUGUACCUGUCACAAAAGUAGUGGAUUGUGGGAGGAAGCAGAAGUUAGUCGAGAUCCACCAGGCAUUAAACAGUGAUCCAGUGGACAUUGAGACCCUGCGGAGCGCUGCGGCCAGUAAGGGAGGACUGCUUACAAAUGAACUUCGCAGGAAAGUGUGGCCCAAGCUGCUCAACAUCAACAUUUACGAGCUUCCAUAUAAACCCGGAAGAGAUGGACGGGAGACCCACAAGGACUACAACCAGGUGGUCCUGGAUGUCAGUAGAUCUAUGCGGCGCUUUCCCAAUGCAAUGCCGUCUGCAGAGCGGGCUGUACUCCAGGAGCAGCUUGUGGACAUCAUCCUGGAGGUUCUGAGGUGCAACCCGCAGCUCAACUACUACCAGGGCUACCAUGACGUGGCCGUCACGCUGCUGCUGGUCGUCGGGGAACGGAUGGCCAUCGCCAUGAUGCACACGUUAUCGAAAUAUCAUCUCAGGGAUUUUAUGGAUCCAACAAUGAACAGCACCAAACAUAUUUUAAACUACCUCAUGCCUUUAUUGGAAGAAGUUGACAAAGAACUGCACGACUUCAUGAUGAGAGCGGAGGUGGGAACCAUCUUUGCGCUGUCCUGGCUUAUCACGUGGUAUGGCCACGUCCUGUCCGAGUUCAAACACACACUGAGACUGUACGACUUUUUCUUGGCCUCACACCCAAUGAUGCCCAUCUACCUCGCUGCUACCAUCGUGUUGCACAGAGAGCAGGAGGUGAAGCAGACUGAAUGUGACAUGGCGAUGGUGCACCAACUCCUCUCCCGCGUCCCUCGGGAUCUCCCUUACGAGCUCCUGAUCAGCCGGUCCCAAGACCUGUUCAACCGCUACCCUCCCGCCUUCCUGGCUAAGCGGGCGGCGCUGCAUUCUCGUAAAAGCUUGUCCAUAAGCACCUUCAAGGCCUUUCAGCUCUCAACACUCCACCAGAGGCCGGACUCUGUUCUCCAGCGUCUCACCAAGGCUCAGGCCUCCGCCGCUUCAAGACCAGCUCGUCACUCGGGCCCGGACGUGGCGUUGCCCGCGAACAGAGGCCAGUGGUCGGGGAAGGGCAACAAGAUGGUGAAGAUGGCGGUGUGGGGGUUGUCGGCCACGCUUGGGGCGGCUAUUUUCGCCGUGGCGCAGACUGCCAUGGAGUGGGCGCCUGACGCCUUGCUGCAGCUCUUCUGAUGGGCUUCAUCUUCGGCCUCGCUGCCAUGGCUCAAAACUUGCAUCUGAGGAGGAAGUACCUUUCAAGUACUGUUGUCAGCCAUUAGUGUUUUUAUAGUGCAAAAUCACACGGAUGUGUUUGCCAUUUAACACAUCUUUGUUUUAUGUGUGUGAUUCAUAUGCUAUCUCUUUUUUUUUUUUUUGUUCCUUCAUUCGUGUGCUUGGAGGAAUUUCUCAGAACCAAAAAGUGCCCCUGGCCAAAUGAAUGAAGUAAUUUAACAGUUGAAAACUUCUCGAAGAGACUAAAUGAAAAAAGGGGUUGUGCAAUUACUUAUUACACUGUGCACAUGCCUUGUAAUGAGUUUUUUUUUCCCCCACAAGUUUCUGUUCAAAGGUUUUUACAUUAUCAGACCAUUGAGCCCCCACCCCCUGAAUAAAUAUAGGAAGCUCUUAAUGUUCUUGAAAUAUUCAGCAGGAUUCUGUCCAAAAUCCAAAUACAGCAGAAACAUGUGGCUGUUUUAUUACAUGCAAUGCGAAGAAAACUAUGAUUAAUUUAUUUAUUCAUUAGUAAAAGUAACCUGUCAAAGGAACUUACAAAGAAUCUAAUUGUUGUAGAACCCCAAAUUGGAAUAUUAAUAAUACAGAUGAAUGGGUGUGCGUUGGCAAUGUAGCGUUUUCCCCGGCAACGUCUGCGCCGUUCGCCGGCGUCUUCGGCGCUGCAAUAUUUAUCAGCUUUUUACUCAUGCGCGCCGACUGCAUCUGUGAGCGCAAGUUCGCACAGCACAGACUUUGCCUCCCUUGGCCCGGAAUGGCCGUCAUGCUAAUGGUUAGCUGCAAACGUUAAGUGUCGUUCGGCCGACUAUCUCGGGGUUUCACCGAAUAGAUUCCAGAAACUAGCUACUUUUAGUUUCACUUAAGGCCUGUAGGUGUUGCUAACGUGCCUUUUUGAAUGAUCGCUGGUUGCCAAAACUAAUCAAGAGGACUUUUUUCCCCAUCUGCAGACUUGGAAUGCAAAUGAUAAAAAUAAUGCGAGCAACAAUGUGCUUUGAUGCGUGCUAAUCGCAAAGAAACUGCUGACAAUCGUAAUUUUACUUCGGUCAUGGAGGUGUCGCUAAAGGGCCUUUCAAACUACUGACAACUGUCAAAACAAAUAAACCAAGACAACAUUUCGGGCUUCUGUGUACUCCAAAACCUCAGCUCGACACACUUCAUUAUGUGAGGUUAGCGUCUUGCUAUUCUACUUAAGACCUGUAGUUGUCGCUAGCGUGCCUUUUUAAACUUGUCGACAAUCAAAAUAAAUCAAGCUGCCUACAUUUUGGGCUUCAGCGGACUCAGAAUUUAAAAAAAAAAAAAAAAAUCUUGAAACAGAGAGACACCUUUCGUAAUGUGAGGUUAGCGUCUUGCUGGUUUACUUGCAAUUUACACCGACAGGACGCCGAUGUAAACGGCACAUUUUGAAAUUGUUGCUGGCAAAAUAAAUCAAGACCACAUUUCUGCCUCUCUCGUUCUGACGCUCUGUUGCAAGGCAGUUGUGUACAUGUCACAAGUCAGCGCUUCAAAAUUUUGCCUACUGUCAAAACAAAUCAAGAUGUAAACAACAUUCUUCAAUGUGUGCUGACAACUGAACGAAACAUUUCGGCGACUUACAUCUUGUAGCUAACGUGCCUACUUAAAUGUUGCCAGCUGGCAUCUGGAAUGCUAAUGCUAAAAACAAUGCUAAUUACAAUGUGCUUCGAUGUCUGCUGAAAAUAUCUUACUGCGCGAGUGGUUGAUGUGAUCUCUGGAGUUGCUGAGUUUGAGUAGUUCAAAAUCCCAUCUUUCAGUCACUCAUUUAGCUCGUUGGUUGGUUGGCCGCUUUUCUCGCAAUAGAAAGAUCGCAGGGAAUUUUAUUGUUUAUAGCUUUAAUUCGCCACUCGAUAAAUCGGCCCGUCUCUUUCCUGCUUUUUGUUUUGUAGCUGUGUUGGUGCUCUUUAUGUUACAGACAUUUGUUUGAAAUCCAACUGCCUGAUUUUUUUUUUUUUUUUUUUUGCGUCGUCAUGACUCUUUGAGGUCAGUAAAAAUGAAAAUUAAUCCAAAAUAAAUAGACAAUGGUUUUUAAGGUGUGCUUAUGUGCCCAUGCAAUCGAGGAGGGGUGUUCAAACUUUUCACUCGUACCUCCAACAUGCUUUAAACAAGUGUUUUACAGAUAUAUAUAUUUAAAUAUUUAUCACUAUAUUCCAAAGUAAUGAUGUUAAGUUCUGAAUACCCUGUGAAAUUGAGUUUUGCCCUUGUAUAAAGCAGUGAAUAAAU